AUGGAGUUUGACAACGCAACGGAGAGCGGCCUCAACGGCACCGAUCCCAGUCGCAACGGCUCGACGCCGAUUUUCGCGAUCGGCAACAAGUUCAUCGAAAAAUGGAAGCUGCGCAAGCAGCAGGAGCGCUUCUGCCGUUACGUGUACGACAAGGUGCUCGUGCCCGAGUGCGUGACCCAGUUGAACGACAGCAGUGGCUGGCCGGGCAACGACCAGGACCACGACUACGCGGAUUUGUUCGGCGAUUGGUUGGCCGGUAUCAACGCCACCAACGUCACCGGGCUCUCCUCCUCCUCCUCGUCCAACGCAACGGCCUUUGAUUCCCAGGAUGAGAACAUCCUGAAGCCGGUCCUGCCGCCGUUCGAGCCGUGGGUCGCUGUCCUGAUAGCCCUGACUCUGGGCAUUUGCAUCGUACUGACCGUGGCCGGCAACAUCCUCGUACUGUUGGCCUUUAUCGUCGACAGGACCAUCAGGCAGCCGAGCAACUACUUUAUCGCCUCGCUCGCUGCCACCGACAUGCUCAUCGGUACGGUCUCGAUGCCAUUUUUCACGGUGUACGUGCUAAUGGGCUACUGGGAUCUCGGACCCCUGCUCUGCGAUCUUUGGCUCUCGGUCGACUACACGGUUUGCCUAGUGUCCCAGUACACGGUACUCCUGAUAACCAUCGAUAGAUUUUGCUCGGUAAAAAUAGCGGCCAAGUAUCGAAGCUGGCGCACCAAGAACCGCGUCAUCUGGAUGGUCACGAUAACCUGGAUCAUACCCGCCCUACUGUUCUUCAUCAGCAUAUUCGGUUGGGAGCACUUUGUCGGCUUUCGCGAUCUAGCCCCCGGCCAAUGCGCCGUGCAAUUUUUGAAAGACCCCGUGUUCAACACCGCCCUCAUAAUCGGCUACUACUGGACGACCCUCGUAGUCCUCUUCGUACUGUACGGGGGUAUAUACAAGACGGCCUACGACAUGCAGAAGAAGAGCGAGGCCAAGCAGCGCAAGAUGCAAUCGAUGGUGGCACUGAGCGCGGGUGCCAUGACCGGUAUGGCUGGCAGGGCCGCGGGUAUCGGUAUUACCGGCACAACUGCCGCGGCCAGGGCCCUGCAAACGCAACAGCGGGACGCUACUGGUGGAACGAGAACCGGGACCAUGGCCACGGCUUCGGACAGCCGCAGCUGCACCGACGCCAAGGAGACGACCCUCCUCCUCCUCCAACCACCGACUCGCCAAUCCCACCCGACCAAGUCGCAGCUGGAUGCGGCGGUGGAGGCGGAAAAGUCGGAGCGCUCGAGCAGCCCGAUCUUCGACUCGGACGAGGAGAACGCCGCCACGACGGCCCAGCAGCAGCCGCAGGAGCAGCAACUCGGCAACUUGCGCCAACGUUCCUCCCUCGCCGGACUGGUCGCCCAGUCGGGGGUCGCCCUGCACGUUUUUGCGACCAACGGCCGCGCCAACGGUGGUCUGCCCAUCAAGGUGGAGAUGAAUAACCUGCCCGUGGCCGUUGUCGUCGCCGCGGCCAGCCGAUCCUCCCCCACCAGUCCAAGUUCCGAGCACGUCGUGCAGACUCAAAAGCCGCUGCCCCGUAUACAGGAGAUUGCCGGACAGACGCUCGUGGCGGAAAACAAGUCCAGCCAGGGGAGCAGCGUGACCCUGACCCCGGGCCAGUCGUUGCACUCCCUGGAGGCCGGCAAUAAGACCCUGGUCGAAGAAGAUGAGUCCACCGAGCAGCGGAAGCUGCCACAAACGGCCACCACGAAGGACUCGACGUCCUCGAGUUCGCACAUCAUCCCGCCACCGUCCGAGUUUCGGGGUAGCCCGGCCGCGUCGGAGAACAACACCUCGUCGGCGACGUCGUCGCUGGGGGCGGAGCAGCGCCGAGGACUGCUGGUGACGGCCGACGGGCAGUACGCGACCUACGACAUAAUGACGGGCCUCGACGGCGCCGAUUUCCGUUACAUGGACGAGAGCUCGGUUAUCGUGCCGAGUCCCUCGUACGAGAGCCCGCCCUCCUCGUUCUCCUGCAGUCUGGCCAACCCGCUCUCCACGACCCCGUCCUCGCCCCUCCUGGGCGUCCCCGCCGGCCUCAACACCAGCCUCCUGCAGGCGGCCCUCAUUCGCGCCACCGCCCAAUCCACGGGUACCACUACCGGCCAAAAGGGCGGGGGGGUCGUCGCCACGGUGAACGCGUCGAGCCAAACGCUGCCGCCCCGGGUGUUUAUAACGCAUCAGAGCAACGCGGCCUCCCAGACCUCGCCGCUCGUCGUCAGCAAGCUCAACACGGAGGUUACCGUGCGCCCGGAGGACGCGACCCGCAAACAACCCGUGACCAGCAUAGUGCCGACCACGGGCACGCCACCCCAGGUGCCCGAGCACCAACACCAACAGUCCCCCUUGACGACGAGCGGGCAGCAGCAGAGGCAACAGUUCGGUAGUAACCUGCUGGUGGCCUGUGCCACCUCGUCGUCGAGUGGCGCCUUGCCGAGCACCUCGGGAGCGACGACCGUCGUCACGCAAGGCCAACCGGCGUCCAAGGUUUAA